AUCGCAAGCUUCCGCCUGAUACAGACAAUGAUAUUUGCUAUUGAAGAAAUAAACCAGAGCAAAACGUUACUUCCGAAUAUCACUCUCGGGUAUGAGAUCUACGAUGACUGCUCGAUCUCCGCGAUAGCGUCGGAAGCCGCGCUAGCUUUGGUGAAUGGAGAGCAAGAACUAAUUGAGUACCCAGAUUGUAAAGGUUCUUCUAAUGUUGCAGCCAUUAUUGGUUGUGAUUCAUCCACAUCCUCUAUUGCCGCCGCAAGGACAGUUGGAACGUUUGGAAUUCCGAUGAUUAGUUAUUUCGCCACUUGCUCUUGCCUGAGCGAUAAGCAAGAAUACCCGACUUUCUUUAGAACGAUACCAAGCGACAAAUAUCAGUCCAAACUUCUCGCUGAACUCGUGAAAACCUUUGGUUGGAAUUGGAUUGGCGCGGUUAGAAGCAACACAGAUUAUGGGAACUUUGGGAUGAGGACAUUUAUCGAAGAGGCCCAGAAAAUUGGGGUUUGCAUCGCGUAUUCUGAAUCGUUCUACAGAACCGAUCCUGCUGAGAAAAUCAGCAAAAUAGUGCAGGUGAUGAAAGAAGCGACCACAAAGGUUGUGGUUGGAUUCUUGCAAAAAAGAGAUAUGCGAGUGUUAAUUGAGGAGAUUUUGCGCCAAAAUGUAACGGGUAUACAGUGGAUUGGAACUGAAGGAUGGCUUACAGGAGAUACAUUGUUCACUGAAGAAAGAGCAAGGGCUCGUGUUGGGGCCAUUGGUCCAACGACCCGAAGGACAGAAAUAGCCGGCCUCAGAGAUCAUCUCCUGAAAAUUCAUCCUACUAGGUUUCCUGACAGCACUUUUGUGAAGGAGUUUUGGGAAAAUCUCUUCUCGUGCUCUUUAACCACGGGCGACACGACAGACACCCGAAGUUCUGCAUUUCAAGUGCGGCCAUGCACGGGAAAUGAACAUUUAGAUGGGUUAGAAAAUACCUAUCUUCCAGCGAUCAUGGACGGAAGUUCCUACCAUGUGUACAAAGCGGUCUACGCUGUCGCUCAUGCACUUGACGAUAUGCUAAACUGUGAAGAAAACAACGGCCCUUUUAUGAAUAGCACUUGUGCACAUAUUUCAAGCUUUGAACCUUGGCAGCUACUGCACUAUCUACACUCGGUAAAUUUCACUGCUAGCACUGGAGAACUCGUGUAUUUUGACGAAAACGGCGAUCCGGUCCCAAAGUAUGACUUAAUAAAUUUACAAAUGAACGCGGAAGGUAUGCUUAAAAUUGUAAAAAUUGGAUAUUAUGACGGUUCAGCGGCGGAGGGACAAGAAGUUGUCCUGAAUAUUGGAGAUAUCGUGUGGAGCUCCACUAGUAAGCAGAUACCACGUGCUGUUUGCUCAGAGUCUUGUGCUCCGGGAACAAGGAAAGUCAGCAGGAAAGGUCAACCAAUAUGUUGUUUUGACUGUGCAGAGUGCGCCGAUGGUGAGAUUAGCAACACCACAGAUUCCAGUGACUGCAUCAAGUGUCCUUUGGAAUACUGGUCGAAUCAGCAAAAGGAUCGGUGUGUUCCCAAAAAGAUUGAAUUUCUUUCAUUUCAAGAGGUUCUCGGCUAUGUCUUAGUGGCACUUGCUUCAGUGGGGGCGUGUCUUGCACUGGUGACAGUUGCUGUAUUCCUCCGGUAUCGGGAAACUCCUAUCGUUCGAGCAAACAAUUCGGAGCUGAGUUUCCUCCUUCUCUUUGCCCUAACGCUUUGCUUCCUGUGCUCACUUACCUUCAUUGGGAAACCGACCGGAUGGUCCUGCAUGUUGCGGCGGACUGCGUUUGGAAUUGUAUUUGUUCUCUGUAUUUCCUGUAUUUUGGGGAAAACCGUUCUCGUUGUGAUCGCUUUUAAAGCAACUCUUCCCAACAACAACUUGAUGAACUGGUUUGGACCCAUGCAGCAACGGUUAAGUGUGUUCGUCCUUACAUUUCUUCAAGGUCUAAUUUGCACAAUCUGGCUCAUUGUAUCACCUCCUUAUCCACUGAAAAACAUGACCUAUUAUAGAGAUAUCAUUAUUUUGGAAUGUGACGUGGGUUCUUUAAAAGCCUUUUAUUUUGUAUCCAGCUAUAUUGGUCUUCUAUCCACUGUAUGCUUCCUGUUAGCUUUUCUUGCCCGGAAACUUCCAGAUAAUUUCAAUGACGCGAAGUAUAUAACUUUCAGUAUGCUGAUCUUCUGUGCUGUUUGGAUCACUUUUAUUCCGGCUUAUGUCAGCUCUCCUGGAAAGUACACGGUGGCUGUCGAAGUGUUUGCCAUUUGGGCGUCAAGCUUUGGGUUGCUUGUCUGCAUUUUUGCUCCAAAAUGUUAUAUUAUCUUACUGAAACCGGAGAAUAACACAAAGAAAAACAUGAUGGGCAAAUGGUCCUCACUGUAG